AGUGGGGAAGUGAGUGUUGUGUCAGAAGGGGUGUCGGCUCCCACGUGUUAGGAGCAUGGCUACCCCAGGCAGUGGUGAAAGUUUCAUUUCUUUGACAAGGCGACAUGGUGUAAAAAUAGAUUCAGGUGCUGGCGUGGAGGGAUGCAGUUUAGCGGUGGGAGAAGCGGUCGGACAUGAGAAUAUUGUAUCAGCGUCCCGUAUGAACAGCGCUGUUGUUGUAUUUGUGAAAACAGUAGAUUUGGCAAAUAAGCUAGUACAAAGCGGCAUAGUGAUUAAGGGUGUUUUCAGUGCUUCCUUUGUCUACACCUUCUAAAAAGGUUACUUUAUCGAAUGUGCCACCAUUUAUCCCAAAUGAAGUGUUGAUCGGAUUGCUUGCCCGUUAUGGAAAAACAGUCUCACCUAUAAAGAUGAUUCCGAUUGGCACCAAGUCUCCUCUCUUAAAACAUGUAGUGUCUUUUAGGAAUUAUGUUUAUAUGAUCCUACAAGAUAACGUUGAGGAACUGGAUUUGUCCUUUAAUUUUCGACACGAGGAUUUUAAUUACGUAAUUUUUGCCACCACAAACAACAUGAAGUGUUUCAAUUGUGGCGAAAUGUGGCAUUUGAUCCGUGCGUGUCCCGGUAGGCAGGAUAAGAGUAAUGAGAGACCUUCACAGGUUUUGGAAGAUGGAAACAUUGUAAAUGCAGAUCAGAAUGUCGCUGCGAUAGUCGCAAAUGAUGAGGUGCCUGGACCGAGUUCAGUGAAAAUAGCGGCGCCGGCAACUGUCACAGCGACAGUGGAUGUACAACGGGCGGAUCGUUCUGAGGAGGAUGAAGAAAUGGUGGUUACUGUGGGUGAAGAUAAGGAGGUGGAGAAUAGAGACUGUGUGGUAGACACGCUUUUUGCCAUGUCUUUUGCAUGGGCCUACCAAGAAAUACCCAAGUACCAGCACCGAGACCCUCUGACCUCUAAGGUGCUGCUUUGUGAGCAGUGUCCACCUGGCACGGCCGUGGGACGCCACUGCAGGACAGAUGAACCCACCAUUUGUGUCCCCUGCCCAGAAAAACACUUUGCGGAACAGUGGCAUUGGGGAGACAGCUGUCAACAUUGUACAACUGUUUGCAAAGAAAGGCAGAUAGUACAAAGGGAAUGUAACAGCACUCAUGACAGGCUCUGUGAGUGUAUACCUGGGUAUCACUUGGUCGUAGAAUUUUGUGUCCAUCACACAGCUUGCUUACCUGGCUCUGGAGUCGCUGUACAGGGCACACCAGAGAGGAACACAGUGUGUGAGAAGUGUCCCCAAGGUUAUUUUUCCAGCACAUCUUCAUCCACUGAGCCAUGUAUGCCCCACAGGGAUUGCACUCAACUGGGCCUGAAGACUGUCAGACUUGGCACAACCACCCUGGACACACUGUGUGAAUCCCAGAAUAAAGAGUUCACCUUUGACUGCUCCCAUCAGCACACAGAAUGUCACACUGAAACAGUCUCUGGUGACAUACCUCCUCCUCCGGUACCAGUCGAACAAGAACCAUCUAUCGUCCGCACCAUCAUGGACUCGCACAGACGAAGUCCUCGUUUGGAAUACCUUGUCGACUGGGAGGAUAAUGGUCCAGAGGAACAGUCGUGGGUUCCUUGCGAUGACAUCCUAGAUCCAGCUCUCCUCACUCAGUUUCACGCCGACCAUCCUGAUCGCCCUGCUCCCAGGAGUCGUGGUAGGCCUCAGGCGUCAAGAGCCUCCUCGGAUGAGGAGGGUACUCUCAGACUCUCAUGCUACUUUCCUGAGUUCCAUCUGCCGAUCACCAUCAAGCUUCACACAGAAAUCCAGUCUUCAGUCUUCGGUCAUCAGUCCAUUCCCAGAGACUCUCCUUCAGCACCUGCAACAGAGAUUGUUUAUUCAUUCAGCUAAGUUCCAUUUUGAUUACCACCUUCUUGCAUGGUAAUAUCUCACCAUAUCUCCAUCUGGUUCUGCAAUCCUGUAAAUAAACUCUAUUUUACUUACCACCUGUCUGAAUCCUGUUCCAUCCGUGACACAUAUAGAUAUUUUUAUUAUUACCAUAAUUUUUCGAUAUUUUGGGUAAUUCUGUUGCAAUAGCUUGCACAUAACAAAGGGAGGCUUUUUUGAAACUCUGAACUCAAUUUACAAAAAAGACAAGUGUUAAUAAAAUAAGAACAAAUAAAUUGCAAAUUAUAUCAUAAAAUACAAUAGAAUGAAAUGAACUUGGCUUAGUGUUUUUCAGUUGGGUCAAAUAGUAUUACUAUAGAAAUUAAUUAAAGUAAUCAAACGUAAAAUAACACUGGAUAGUCUUCAUUGUAAAAAUUAAAUAGGUUAAUGCUUACAGUUAGUUACAAAAAUUAUUCAGUCAAGAGCAGUGAGUGAUUUUAUUGUUCUUUGAUUUACAUGAUAACAGUAUAUUAGGCUGCUGUCACUUUAAGAGGUGCACAGAUCUUUCAUUCUCAAUGCUUACAGCAGACCUCAUUCCUGUGUACCUGAAUACUCACCAAGACAGGCAUUUUGAUUAUAUGUUGUGUGUAUUUGACCAUUUAAGUGCAAUAAACCAUGAAAAAGAACUCCAGAGGACUGUUUGAGAGGCAUCUUUAUGUGUGCUCCACUUAUAAUAAUGCUCUUGGGGUUUUUUUUAAUGCAAAGAAUUUGUAUCAUUGGAGGCUGAAAUAUCCAUUGAAAUUAUUUGCAUAAUUGUGUAGGUCUGAAAUUAUUUGCAUAAUUUUGCAUCAAGAUCAAAUCAAGAUGUUAGGUCUGGAAACUCAUCAUUGACAGGGCUCAAUCCAAGGGGCGGGAUAACCGGCUGUCUUUCAAAUUCUCUCUGCACGCAAUUGGAUAGCGCUAAAGCCAAUCAGAGCAAUGAAGAAGGUGACGUACUC